UGAAGAUAGGAUAGUGGAGGAAAUAAGGGAGAAUAGGAGACUUUUGCUGGAAAACAGUAGGAAAUUGGACGACAUAAAGGAGCAGGUAGUCAAGCAGCGGGACACAGCCGACGUGACGACCUACGCCAGCGUGGCGGCGGCCCGGACUGUCCAGCAGCCGACCAGGUCGACCCUGCACUCCAUUGUCGUCUCGUCUAAGGAGAACGCAAUGGAGACAGGAGAGGAAGUGCUGCGGAGAGUCAGGGACGCCGUCAACGCCAAGGAGGGCUGGGUCAAAGUAGACAAAAUAAGAAAAGCUAAGAACCAGAAAGUAAUUAUGGGCUGUGCCACCGAGGAUGAACGCAGAAAAGUUAAAGACAGGAUCGACGGUGCGGGAGGCCUCCUCAUCGCGGAGGACAUGAAAAAUAAGGAGCCGCUCCUCGUGAUGAAGGACGUCCUUUUGCUUAACAGCGAUGAGGACGUCCUGAAGGCACUGAGGAAGCAGAACGGGGACAUUUUACAAUACAUAGCAAACAAUUGAAAACCAAAUAUUGCAAAAGGCUCUGGUGACCAUGCUAGAGGUAAAUAGAAAAAAAAAAUCCUCAGCUGCCAAUAGCUGAAGCACAGCCAACAACAAAUAGAGCACAAGAGAACCAUCAAGCUCUAAAUACUUCACAGAGGGCCAUGACAACACGCGUGACUCCAGCAGCCAUGAGUGCUGCUUCGACUAGUCGCCAGCGGCCAGUCUCAAGGCGCGAAAGAGAGGCUCAUAAUUUAACCACGAAGAUAAUAAACACACUCCUCAAAUGUAAUACACAUGCUGAGGAGGAGCAAGCUAUUCAAAUGCGAAUAUUAAAACUACAGGAGGAAAGAGAAAAACUACGCCUCCAGGAGCAAUAAAAAAUUUUAGAACAAGAAAAAUUAAAAAUACACACACAAGAGAAAGU